AUGAGGGAGUUGCUGGGGGCAGCAGCACUGUUCUAUAUCCUGAUUUUGACCCCGGUUACACGAGUGUUUUCUGUGAAGACCCUGAUUGAUCGGUCCUGCUUUGAGACCAUUGAUGAUUCUUCUCCUGAAUUUAACAAUUUUGCAGCUAUUUUGGAGCAGAUUCUAAGUCACCGGCUAAAAGAGAUUUCCCAAAGUUGCAGAUGGCUGGCUCAUCUCCAAAUACCUCUUCAAGGUCAAGUAACCUGGUUUGGUUAUGAAAGUCCUCGUAGCUUCUGGGACUAUAUCAGAGUGGCUUGCCGGAAAGUUUCACAGAAUUGUAUCUGCAGCAUUGAAAAUAUGGAAAAUGUCAGUUCUUCUAGAGCUAAGGGUAGAGCCUGGAUCAGAGUAGCACUCAUGGAAAAACAUUUAUCUGAAUACAUCUCUACAGCUCUGAGAGACUUCAAAACAACCAGGAGAUUUUAUGAAGAUGGAGCAAUUGUCUUGGGUGAGGAAGCAAAUAUGCUUGCUGGCAUGCUGCUUGGACUCAAUGCUAUUGAUUUCAGCUUCUGUCUAAAGGGAGAAGGAUUGGAUGGCAGCUUUCCUGCUGUAAUAGACUACACACCGUAUUUGAAGUUUACUCAAAGAUCAUCGACCGAGAACAUCUCCACGGUUGGACCUUUCUUUAUGCAGAGUUCUGAUAGUAUCAGCAGUGAUGAGGAAGAGCUGAGGACUUUGGGAAGCAGUGGUAGUGAAAGCAGCACUCCAGAGAACGUCGGGCCUCCUUUCAUCAUGGAUGAGAAUAGUUGGUUCAACAAGUGUAAGAGAGUUAAACAAAAAUAUCAACUAACCCUGGAACAGAAGGGUUAUCUUGAAGAACUCUUACGACUUCGAGAGAACCAGCUAUCUGAAUCUGUCUCCCAGAAUAAAAUACUACUACAGAGAAUUGAAGAUUCUGAUCUGGCUCAUAAAUUGGAAAAAGAACAAUUAGAAUAUAUAAUCGUGGAGCUUCAAGAUCAGCUGACUGUGCUAAAGAAUAAUGAUUUAAGAUCAAGACAAGAGUUAACUGCCCACCUCACCAACCAGUGGCCUUCCCCAGGAGCUCUGGAUGUCAAUGCUGUUGCCUUGGAUACGUUGCUUUACCGAAAACACAAUAAACAGUGGUAUGAAAAAAGUUAUCAGAGUCUUGACCAGUUAUCAGCUGAAGUUAGCCUUUCUCAGACUUCACUGGAUCCAGGUCAGUCACAAGAAGGAGAUGGAAAACAAGACACAUUAAAUUUAAUCAGUGGAGGUAAAGAAGAUACUCCCUCAUUGCUUGGUCUUUGUGGGUCUCUAACAUCAGUGGCAAGUUACAAAUCUCUAACAAGCCUAAAAUCUAAUGACUACCUUGCAAGUCCUACAACAGAGGUGACAAGUCCAGGCCUAACUCCAUCCUGAAAAGUUUUAUGUAAAAGCCAAGAGUUUUUAUGUUGCAAAUGUUCUAUUUACGUAAGUUUGACUGCUGGGAAAAUCUUUGGGAUUUUAUAUUGUUCUGGCACAUGUCUAGAAUUCUACUGCUUAUAUUAGAUAAUUCAGUCAACUCCAUGUGAACUUGAGUGAAAAAAAAAUGAUCCUGCCAUUUUUCAUUUUAAAAUUCUUAUAUUUGUCACUGAGGAAGUUUAAAAAUGAAUAGGCUUUUAAAAAGCUUUCAGACAUUCUCUGAUAAUUCAUUGCAAAUUGUACAUAUUUAUUAUUCAGCUGAUUUUCAUGUUUAAAUGUAUCCUAAUUGCCAGAGACUUGAGUUCAAGGUUAUAUUCUAGAGACUCUGGAGCUAAGUAUUUUCUUUUGCUCUUUAUUCAAUGAUUAAAUUUUCUAAAAAUGACUUACUUCACCUUUCAUGAAUUUCUUCCUAGGUUCUGAUGUUUUAAAAAAGCCUUGACUCUAAUGUGAGGAGAAAGGGUCUCAGGUGCAGCUUCAUGGUGGUUUAUUUAGUUUUUCUUUAACAGUUAUCAUUUGGCAUUAACUUAACAUUCUACUUAACGUUUUAUAAAUUUUGUAGGAUGUGCCUGUAGGCAGUUACUGAAUUUGUUAGGGUCACAGGGAACGUAUUUUACAGUGUUUUAGGCCAUUUAGGUAAAAUGAAUGUUUCUUGUCUUUGUUUUCUCAGAUUUUCUUAAAAGGUUAUCAAUUAAAAAUUGAUCACAUUUAUGCCUAAUAAGUUGGAAUCAUUUAAAAAUGUGUAACAGAUGUUGAAAAAUAUUUUAUCUGGAAAGACUUGAAGUUCAUUUAAGGAUUUGAGAAGCUUUUAAAUAAGGAUCAGUAGGCUAAUCACUGUACUUAACAAUCUGUCUGACAUCCAGAGCUGUUUGUUCUCCCGUGGGUGCAACAGUGAAUUGUGUCAUAGAUGCUUUACAGCUUCUCUCAUUAAUCAGGCCAUAAUCUCACUUUAAGGUUGAUGUUAAUGUUAAAAAUUAUUGCACUUCUACUGGUAAAGAAGAUCAGUUUUCUUUUUUUUUAAAAAAAACUAUGAGCUGUCUUUUAAAUUUUUGCAAAUUUUGGAACAACUAUACAUUUUGUCCCUAAAAAUUCCACCAUAUUGAAAGAGAAAAUGUAUGAAGUAUAUUUUCUACAGUAAGUAAUAUGGGGAAAACAUGAUCAGUUGUGCCAAAGACGUUUUAUACAUUGUUUACAUGAAGAGGCUACUACAAUACUUAUUGGGGACUUCAUAUGCUAUUUUUAUUUGUUAAUAAAACAUUACAUUCAAACUUAGUAACUUUGACAUAUAGGAAUAACAUUCCUCCUAAAAUAUUGUAUUGAGAGGCGACAGGAAGCACUUAACUUAUCACAAUCAUUCUUUGUACUAGAAAUGUGGGAGUGUGGUGGUUCUCUGUAAUAUUUAGAUCUUUACUCUUAUGAGUUGGAAUUUAAGAUAAUAAAUAGUAACAAUGUCAUUUCAGGGACAAAGGAGGCCUGGAAGCACUUAAAUUAUCUUAGUUGUACCAGAACAUAUUCAGAGCUUUAUUCCUUUAGCUUAAGGCCUUAAUACCUGUAGUAAUGCAAUGUUCUUGAGAAAUGGUACCUUUAUGCUAAUUCUGUGUAUCUUAUUGUGAGUGAGGUAUCUAAAGCCAUCUUUAAUCAGCAUGGGGAAUGGAAGGAAAGUUUAAAUGAGGACAAUGGAGACAUUUGGACAAGGGAAUGAAAAAUGGCUAAGGAAAGGAACUUCAAAAAUUUUAGGCUGGCCUUAAUCACUAUCGCUGCUUUCCUAACUCUUAGAAUGUUUAAAUGCUUUCAUUCAUGGUCCACUCUCAGAUGACAUUUAUAAUCCUUCAGUAAUUAAAUGAAAUCAUUGUUAAAUUUUUUCCAUACAUUUUUAUAAUAUAGAAAGUAAAUACAAGAUUCCACAACUGAUAAAAAUUUUGAUUUGUCUAUUGUAUACAGUAACUUGUGCAUCUUAACCAUGCUGCUAGAUGCAGAUUUAAACAUGACUCUUCCUCCUUUCUUGGAGCUCUUGGUAUAAAAUUCAUAUGCUAAUGUGAAUUUAGGUUUCUACACAGCUCAUUUCACACUAGUUAUAGAAGCAGUUUGUUAAUGUUGCAUGAGGUAUGUCUCAAUCUUUAAUUUUAGGUGGUAGUUAGUGUUCACUGUUCACAUAUCCUCCCCUAAGUAGAAUGCUGAAUUAUCUGCUAAUAUUUCCAUGUGUAUUUUGUUGCCUUGAUGUAUUAUACUUGUUGCAUGUGUAUUAAACAUUUUGUACCAUG